AUGACAUCGUUUCCAUUACAUUUACCCAUAACUCAAAAAGAUACUCUCGACGAUAUAGUAGAUGAAAUAAAACAAUUUGAUUGGGAACAUGGCGAAUAUUUAUUUCAUGAUUUUAUUGAAUAUUUUCAAUUACCUCAAAUAAUACGUAUUAGUCAACCAUGGGAUACAAAUUUAGUUAAAAAUGAUAUAUUUCAUUUACAAGCAAUGCAUGAUCGACAUUUAAUUGUAUCAAAAUCUUUAGUACCAGAUAAUCGAACAUAUAUUGUUCCAGAUUGGUUUCAAGGUCAAUGCCGAAUAUUAACAGCGGCUCCAAUAUAUAAACCUCGUUGGUGGGAAUUUCAUAAUGCUCUCGAAUUAUUACGUUUCAAAAUGCCGCGAGAUCACAUACGUGUACUUCAGGAUACACAUACUCUAUUAUUAUUACCAACAAAUCAAACAAUACCCGUUGUGAUAAAGCAAAAUACAGAAGUUACAUUAAAACGUAUUGAAAAAUCAAACACAAUAACAAAUGGAAAAGAAAUGUUUGUAUUAGUGGAUAAAAAUGAUCAAGAAUUUCUUCUUGAUUCAACUGAUUCAGCGAAUACAUUUCAUUUUGCCACACAAAUUCUCUACAAUGAAUUCGAUAAAUCCUAUCAUAAACAUACAAUGGAAAAUCUAUUUACAUUACCAGAAAUACUUAUACGUUAUGAACUGCCAAUCGAUAUUGAAAUAGUUACAUUAGCAGAUGCAAUACCAAUUGAAAAUUUUCCUUCAAAAUUACGUCUUGAAAAAUAUUCUAUUGCUAAAUCAAUUGCUGCUAUAUCUAUAGGUGAUCCUAAUCAUCCACGUAUAUUCGAAUUUUCUUCUCUGACACAAUUUUCUCUUAAUUGUGUUAAAUGUUUAACAACCGGUCUACCACGUGAUUCGAGUGUCCAUGAAGAAAAUCGUACAUUUGAUGAAAGUGCUUAUCAUCAAUAUGAAUCUGUACGAGAACGACUAGUACAAUUAUUUGAAGAUAUAUCAAUACAAUAUAUGCGUACACCUUUUGUUGGCAAUCCAGAUGAAGUUGACUCUAUUGAAAAAGUCUUUGAUAUUGGUUUGAAGUUAAAGAAUGAAGAACAUGAUCAAACAUAUAUUGUACUUGAACAAUCGAAUAAUACUAGUAAUCAAUCAAGUAAUGCUACACCAUCCAUUAAUAAACAGCCCGCUCGAUUUACAGUACACUUACCUGUUGAUUUUAAUAGUCCAUAUAGCAAUGUUAUGGAAUUAGGCGAAGAUGAAGAUGAUCAAGACAUUUCAACAUCAGCAAACGCUUAA